AUGCUAGCUUGGUACAGCCCCACAGCCCCCCUUCCUGGCCCUGCCCACCCCAGUAACCCUGUGUCACUCCUUCCGGCAUUCCCUGAGCCCCUGGGAGUCAGGGCUGUGGCCCUGGGCAUGGAGCCAGUCUCCUGCUGUGACAACCAGGACAAAGACAAUUCUGGUGCCACAGUCUUGCAUCUGGCUGCCCACUUCGGCCACCCCGAGGUGGUGAACUGGCUCUUGCAUCUUGGCGGUGGGGACCCCACCAUGGCCACAGACAUGGGUGCCCUGUCUAUCCACUACGCUGCCACCAAAGGAGACUUCCCCUCCCUGAGGCUUCUCGUCGGGCACUACCCUGAGGGAGUGAAUGCCCAAACCAAAAACGGUGCCACGCCCCUGUACCUGGCGUGCCAGGAGGGCCACCUGGAGGUGACGCAGUACCUGGUGCAGGAAUGCGGCGGAGACCCGCACGCGCGCGCCCACGACGGCAUGACCCCACUGCACGCCGGGGCGCAGAUGGGCCACAGCCCGGUCAUCGUGUGGUUGGUGAGCUGCACGGACGUGAGCCUGUGGGAGCAGGACAAAGACUGCGCCACCGCCAUGCACUUCGCGGCGAGCCGCGGCCACACCAAGGUGCUCAGCUGGCUGCUGCUGCACGGCGGGGAGAUCUCGGCUGACCUGUGGGGCGGGACCCCGCCGCACGACGCCGCCGAGAACGGGGAGCUAGAGUGCUGCCAGAUCCUGGUAGUGAACUGCGCGGAGCUGGACGUCCGCGACCGCGACGGGUACACGGCCGCCGACCUGUCGGACUUCAACGGCCACGGCCACUGCACCCGCUACCUGCGCACGGUGGAGAAACUGAGCGUGGAGCACCGCGUGCUCUCCCGGGAUCCAUCCGUGGAGCUGGAGGUGAAGCAGCCGAAUUCAGGCAUGUCCUCACCCAACACCAUGGUCCAGCCUCUGAACUUUGACCUCAGCUCGCCCACCAGCACCCUCUCCAACUACGACUCCUGCUCCUCCAGCCACUCCAGCAUCAAGGGCCAGCACCCUCCACGUGGCCUUUCCAACACUAGAGCUGCAGACACACAGAGCUACAUGGACAUGCUGAACGCGGAGCUGGGCCUGCCUCGGGGCACGAUUGGGAAGCCCACACCCCCACCACCCCCACCCAGCUUCCCCCUACCAUCCCCACCCCCAGGCACCCAACUGCCCCCACCCCCACCUGGCUACCCAGCUCCCAAGCCUCCUGUGGGACCACAGGCAGCUGACAUCUACAUGCAGACCAAGAACAAACUCCGCCACGUGGAGACAGAGGCCCUCAAGAAGGAGAGUGGCCGGGUUGUCAUGGAGUUGACAGAGAAUGCAUGGAGACUGCCCCUCCCCAAGCAUGCCCCCAGCCCCCACAGCCCCAGGCUCAGUCGGAGAGUGUCACCCAAGGGAGGUGGCUGCCAGGUGGAAGGUGCCAGUGGCAUGGCUGUGGAGGUAAGGGCUGGAAGGAGGGUGGCGGGAAGCUGUGUGUGCCCCUCCCGUCUGUGUGCGUCCCUCCUGGCUGUGCGCGUGCUGGGCCGCAGGCGCCAGGGCCCGGGCGGGGAAGCUCUACAAAGGGCUCUUUGUGUCGCCGCGGCGCCUCCCGCGCGGGUGCCUGACCGCUGGCGGGAGCAGGGUCGUGGCGUCGGAGCCUCCGGGCUGCAGGGGGCGCGGAGCGGGCGGGUUGGCCCCGAAAACAAAUCCUGCGUCUUUGGCCCGGCCGCCUCACUCUCCCUCACUGAGCUGGGCCUAGUUGGGGGCGGCUGCGACGGGGCGGGAAGCGGCGCUGUCACCGGAUCCCGCCUUACGGCCCCUGAAAUCCGAGGCUUGAGCGCGGGUGUCGGUGUCGCUUUCGUGGAUGGCGAUGGUUUCCAGAUGCAGGAGGGGAAGGGUGGGGACGCGACACGGAGCCAGGAGCCAACUAUGAGAGGCCCCCUCUGCCCACGGUGCACAGGGAGGGCCACCAGCACCGUGGCAGGUAGGAGCAGCCCCCGGACGGGCAACCGGGGUCCGGAGCAAGCCGGAGCCUCGGAGAGCACAGGCUCUGGAGGGGGCUCCCUCCGGCCCGGGACCCCCGAAAGACAGGGCUCCGCGGAGCCCUGGGGACCCGCAGUCCUUCUGACAGCCGAGAGCGGGUGGAGCCUGCCCUUCCGCCGAGGCCCCCAUGAACCUCGCCCGCUGCCCACCGUGAGAACAGGGGGUCUAGGAAGUCGGCUGCUGCACCCCCCGACGGCCGCUGGCCGCGAGUCCCCAGGAGGUGAAGAGCUGGGCGGGGAGACGUGGGGGCGCCUACCGGGCAGGUGCCCGAGCCCCAUCGGUCACGGCCAGGACGGGCUGCGGAGGCAGGAUUCCAGCCGCAAGCCCCGCGCCUUCAGCAAGCAGCUCAGCACGGGGGACUACUACCGGCAGCUGGGCCGCUGCCCGGGCGAGACGCUGGUCCCACGCCCGGGCAUGGCGCACAGCGAGGAGGCGGAACUCCCUGGGAACCACGUGCCUAACGGCUGCGCCGCGGACCCCAAGGCGUCCAGGGAGUUGCCCCCGCCGCCCCCGCCGCCAUAACCGCCGCCGCCCCUGCCCCAGGCCAGGAGUUCGCCGUCGGUGGUCCCGCCUCUGCCCCUGGAGGGCGCUGGCCCUGUCUGCUGGCAGCGCCGCUCCUCCUCGUCCACAGGCCGCACCAAGUCUUUCAAUAUGAUGUUCCUGAUGGGCGACAACUCGGAGCUACUGGCUGAGAUUAAGGCAGGCAACAGCCUGAAGCUGACGCCGCAGAGCAAGGGGCUGAUCACAGUGUUCUCAGGCAGCGGGCAGCCGGCCUUCCAGAUAGGCAGACCUAGCAGGAGCCUGCGACCCGGCUUCCCUGGCCUUAGGCCACCGGGCGCUCAGCCCCACUGCUUCUCCCUGCAGCCCGAUUCGCCGCUGCCAUCUGUGUCACCUGCACUGUCACCAGUCUGGAGCCCCACACCGCCAGCUGUGGGGUUUCAGCCGCUGCUCAAUGGAAGCUUGCUUCCUGUGCCACCCACUACUCCUGAGCCGGGGGUGCAGCUGGACGUGGAGGCGCUCAUCCCCAGGCACGAUGAGCAGGGUCGGCCCAUGCCCGAGUGGAAGUGCCAGGUGAUGGUGGGCAAGAUGCAGCUGAAGAUGUAGGAGGAGGAGGAGCAGAGGCAGAAGGAGGAGGAGGAGGCCUGGCUGGCCAGCAUGCCCGCCUGGAGGCGGGACCUCCUGCGGAAGAAGCUGGAAGAAGAGAGUUCGUCAAGGUGGCUUUGGAGACAAGUCUGGCAACUGUGGAGACCCAGAACCCAUCUUUGCCUUGAGAAUGCAGAGCUGAAAGAGCAGAUGGGAGAAGAAAUGUCUGAUGGAUGGGAGACUGAGGAAGACAAGGAGAAGGGCAAGUUGGAUAACCAGUCCCAGCCUCGUGACCCUGGGCCUCAAUCAGCGUUUAGCCCACCAGGGUCCACCCAGCACCUGCGCUCCCAGCUGUCACAGUGCAAACAACGCUAUCAAGAUCUUCAGGAGAAGCUGCUGCUAUCAGAAGCCACUGUCUUUGCUCAGGCUAACGAGCUGGAGAAAUACAGAGUUAUACUUACAGGUGAAUCCUUGGUGAAGCAGGACAGCAAACAGGUCCAGGUGGACCUCCAGGACCUGGGCUAUGAGACUUGUGGCCGAAGCAAGAAUGAGGCUGAACGGGAGGAAACCACCAGUCCCGAGUGUGAGGAGCACAACAGCCCCAAGGAAAUGGUCCUGAUGGAGGGGCUGUGCCCUGAGCAGGGGUGCCGGGGCUCAACGCUGGCUAGUUCCUCAGAGAGGAAGCCCUUGGAGAACCAGCUAGGGAAGCAGGAAGAGUUCUGCGUAUAUGGAAAGUCAGAAAACAUCUCAGUCCUAUGAAAGGACAUCAAAGAUCUGAAGGCCUAGCUGCAGAAUGCCAA